UGUGCCCGGGUUUCUGGCUGAAGCAGAGAAGUGAAAGCACUGAGGAAGUCGAGCGACCAGAGAGUGACAGCUCACUUUCACCAGCCUGUAGCCAAGGCACGCUGAGACUGCUUCAUAUUAAACUUUUGUUUAAUAACGCCUGCAGGUUUGGACCACAACUUGGCUUCGAUCUGAUGCUUGGUCCAUUGCCUGUGUCUUGAAAGUAUUAUAUUAACAGAUAGUGUGUGUGUGUGUGUGUGUGUGUGUGUCUCUGUCUGUGUGUGUGAGCGAGCGUGAGAAGCUGCUUGUACUCCAGCCAGCAAUGAUCCUAUCCUUAGCAUUCCAGGGAUAUCUAAGGGAAAUGAUUGCUCUAUCUUGAGUUAGACUUACCAAAACAAAGUUCAGACCUUUAAGGGCUUCUCAGAGCUGUGAACCAAACAUUUCCUCUGAAAUAUUUUGCUCAGAGCAUUUUUUUUAAAUGUUCUCUGCUCAUGUAGACUGGAAUCCUCUGUUCGGAUUAUACAAUUAAAUUUCUCUUAUUCAUUCGGGUUUGUAUAACAUUCCCACUUAGUCUCGGUUUACUUCUGUUUACGCCAUGGAGGUUACAACCCCUAUUUCCAACUCUUCUAUCCCUCCACCUUUCCCAAUAAGACCAGCUAUGACUCCAUCUGUACAGCUUGGAGUCACCAUACUUUACACUUGCCUGUACGGAGCUCUGUUCUGGAUAGUAUACAUCCAGCUGUGGUUGUUGUUAUUCUAUCGCCAUAAGAGAUGGAGCUACCAGAGUGUUUUUCUGUUCCUCUGCCUGUUUUGGGCAGCCCUCCGUACUACUCUGUUUUCCUUUUACUUCGGCGAUGCUGUUGCCGCCAACCACCUGCCCACUCCAUUAUACUGGCUCCUCUACUGUUGCCCCGUGUGCCUCCAGUUCUUUACUCUGAGCCUCAUCAAUCUCUACUUUACACAGGUCUUGCUCAAAGUUAGAGACUUAUUUAGUAUCGAACCCAGAAAAGGAUUGUAUGUGGCCCGCUGUGUGUAUGCAGCCAUGAGUGUGGUCUUCUUAUGUGUCAACGUGGUUUGUGCCAGCCUCGGGGAGCGAGGAGACACAGGUGGGGCCAGGAACAAAACGUGGACUCUGGUUCUAGUCCGUGUCUUGGUAAAUGACCUCCUUUUCAUCAUCGAGGCUGUGUGCCUGGCCACUUUGCUGCUGCUCCUGACCCGAUUCUCUCCCACCACCAGCCCUUAUUUAGACAGUAAGGGGACCAGCCUUUGCAGGACAGCUGUGUUGGGAGUAGGUGUGAUCCUUCUCUUCUUAAGCAGAGCGUGCUAUAACCUUACCGUCCUCUGCUUAUCACAGAAUUACAAGGUGGAGUCCUUCGGCUUUGACUGGUACAACAUCUCAGAUCAGGCUGACCUUCGUAAUGAUCUUGGAGACAUGGGCUACAUUGUUUUCGGAGCUAUUCUUUUCAUAUGGGAGCUCCUCCCCACAAGCCUGCUCAUUCUCAUCUUCAGAGUGCCACGUCCUGCUAAAGAAAUGAACUGUAGUCCCGUCGUGAACACAAGGGCCACACGCUCAUAUUUCUUUGAUGAUCCACGAGGGAUGGAUGGCGACACAAGUGCUACUUGGUCAUACAGCAUACGCCCUAAUAGCAGCUGGUUUGGCUCCAGUGAGACGACGCCACUGCUGUUCAACAGGACAGAUCAGACAAACCAGCAUCACUCCCUCUACUCCACCCCACAGACCUGAGCACUCCACAAGAGUGUUUUAGGGAUUUGACACUGAACAUUCUCAGGCAAUAAUGCAUCAGUACCUCAGCCUAUGGAGCUCGAUAGGUGAUAUUUGCACUGAAACCUGGUGCACAUGCUUGCACAUUCCAUUUUCAUGCUUCUAACUUAAUAACUAUAGCAGCGCUUUAAGGAGACUUGUAGGCUUUAUCCUGUUUACAUAAAUAAGGACCGCUAAAGGAUGUUUUUCUCACUUGUUUAACAUUUUUUUGUACAUGUUUAAAAAAUUAAGAGAAACUAUAUUAGCAAAGUUGACUGCAGUGCUCAAUGUACAGGUGGCUUUUCAGACUGAGGAAUUUUCAUUUGAAAUGUUUUUAAUAUGAACAAUUUAAGUGAUGAUCUUUUUUUGCUGUAUUUUAAAACUUUUCUAAUUUAAUUGCAUUAUAACAUAAGCUUACUAAACAAUGAAGACUUAUUAUUGAUAUUAAUAAAAAUUAAGUAUUUUUACAUUAUUAAGGGAUAAAAAAAACUGAGUUGAAUGAUUUAUUCUGCAUUAUUUACAGAUCUUCCUAUUAAAAUAUUUUAUACAGUA